UUUUGUGAAAAAUUUGGCUACGGAUAGUCUUCUAGAGUCUAGUGGCGUAUAUUUCAAUAGUUGAUUUGGAUGGUUUCGGUACGUCUUUUCGCGUACACAUAUGAAAAGCAGCGCGCCGUCUGUGACCAGCUUAACAAGCACGCCCAAGCUUCAUUAUUGUUCUGUCAAAAGAUGCGUGACCUUGACAGCCACGUCAAUUUUUGAAUUUGGUUCGUAACGUUUUCAACGGAUUACAACAAAAGUUAAACGGACAGAAUAUUUGUAAGAAAUCUAAAAUUUUGAGGGUGAUUAGCUUUAAGCUGUGUCUCUGUUUACACUGAUUUAGUUAUUAAGCACGUAUUCGAAAUGUUCGCAGCGACAAAAUUCACGCCAACCCCUAGGCGUUUAAGGAGAGAAAAAACGACCAUUUCUUCAAGUUCAAGUACAGAAAAACAGCCUGUGUUUGUAUAUUGCCGUUUGAAACCUUUAAAUAAUGAAGAACCGACUUCUUGCAUGAAAGUUCUCUCGUCACAAGAACUCGCUGUUACACAGGAGGUAAAAGGUACCAAAAAAGAAUUAUGUUACAAAUUCAAGCACAUAUUUACAUCAUAUACGACACAGAGAGAAAUAUUUGAUCAUAUUGCGUAUCCCUUGUUGGACGAUUUGCUCCAUGGCAAAAACGGUUUGUUGUUCACAUACGGUAUUACUGGAUCAGGCAAAACAUAUACUUUAACUGGGGAGCAAGAUAAUCCUGGGAUAAUGCCUAGAUGUAUAGACACCAUAUUCAACUCGAUUGAAGCCCAUCAAGCUCCAAAAUAUAUUUUAAAGCCUGAUAGAAUGAAUGGCUUUGAAAUUCAAACUGAAGAUGAUGCUAUGCAGGAUCGUUUUCAUGAAGUUAGAACAGGAAAUAGGACGCCAAAGACGCCUAGAAGAGCUCAAGAAAAAAUCAAUUUUACUAAUGAUGGUGUCAGUAUUCCUCUUACCAAUGAGAAAACUCUAUAUUCUGUAUUUGUUACUUAUGUAGAAAUCUACAACAAUAGUGUAUACGAUUUAUUAGAAGAAUGCUCAGGUGUUAAGUUGCAAAAUAAAAUUUUAAGAGAAGAUAGUCGUAGAAACAUGUACGUGAAUGGAGUUACUGAGGUGGAAGUUAAAAGUGCCCAGGAGGCCUUUGAGGCAUUCAAUGCUGGCCAGAGACGCAAAAAGAUGGCUUACACAUGCUUAAAUGCCGAAUCUAGUCGCAGCCAUUCAAUUUUCAAUAUCAGAGUUGUCCAGUUUGAGCAAGAAACAUACGACAGUAAGGGCAAAUUGGUAAUCCCUGAAACGAAUGUAAUCACAAUCAGUCAGCUAAGUCUUGUCGACUUGGCUGGCUCAGAGCGAACCAACAGAACUCAGAAUACCGGAGUAAGAUUGAAAGAAGCUAGUUCUAUCAACAAUUCGUUGAUGACUCUGAGAACAUGUAUGGAAAUGUUGAGGGAAAAUCAGAGGAGCAAGGCAAAUAAGGUCGUUCCAUAUAGAGACAGCAAAUUGACAUAUCUUUUUAAAAAUUAUUUUGAAGGAGAUGGUAGCGUACAGAUGAUUGUGUGCAUAAAUCCAUCUGUUAGAGAUUUAGAAGAAAAUUUGCAUGUCCUCAAGUUUGCUGAAAUGUCUCAGGAUGUUAAGGUAAUUAAACCAGAACCAGUCCCUACAGUGGUGACAACAAAGAGGACAAUAAAGAAGCCUGCUACUCCAGCUAGGAUAAAAAUGCCUGCGCUUUCGACACAUAUAAAUUGCUCCCAAAUACCACUAUUGAAAUUAGAUCUUUGUGCUUUGGAUGAGUGUGAAAAUAUGAUCAAUAAGGUCUACACAAGCCUGAAACAGUGUUAUGGAACAACAGAUAAAUUUGAUAAACAGAUUACAGUACAAGCUGAUGAAGUUAGAAGAAGAAUUGUCACACUUGACAAGGAGAACAUUCUCUCCAAAGAAGAAGUUCAACGUCUUCAAUUGAUGGGCAGGAAGCUACAUCAGAAACUCCAGAGACGCGACGCUAAAAUCGCCAUGUUAGAAGAAGAAAAAGUCGGCCAAGCUAUGAAACAGGCGGAACUACAAAAUGUUGUCUCCAAUCUGCACAACGUAAUAGACGAGAAAGAUUUGAAACUGAAUCAAAACAAGCUGGAUAAAGAGAAAACUAAACAAAGGUUGGCAGUGCAUAGUGAAAAGAUGAAUAAGGAACUAGAUGAAAAAUUACGUAGACAACGAGAACACCUUGCCGCGAGUAUGAAGGCCAAAGAAAUUCAAAUUCAGAAAGUGAGGGAAGCCUUGAAUGCAGAGGUUAUUGUUAGACCAGAAAAUAUGGAUGUUGAUACUAUCUUUGAUAAAGGAGCUAAAACACCAUCGGCCACAACUGAGAACCAUUUGCCCACUUCAUGUCCGCCUAAAAGAGUUGGAUAUAAUGGCACUCCUUAUCACAGAAGACGUUCGCGAUCUGCAGACGAAGUAUGGCUAGAGCACAACACCGUGAAACCAGUUCCACUGGGCACCGUGAUGCAGCCCAGUAUGAAAAAGCGCAAGUCGGUGACCAAACUGGAUAAAGCGAAAGACGUUACGAAUCCGAAGCAGAGCAAGUACUGCCUUGUUGCUCAAGAACAAGACACGGAUGGGGAGACUGAGACCAAGCUGUACAAAGGUGACAUUGUACCCACGUGUGGUGGUGGAGCACAGGUCAUUUUCAAUGAUGUAGAAUGUCUGAGGCAGGAAUCGCCAACAGGCUCACCCACAAAAUGAUUUUCCCCGUUGUUUUAAAAGAUGUUUUCUAUUUCAUUGUAAUACUGGUCAUCUCUGCUCUACUUUGAAGUCCAAAGUAUUUCAGAUUGAUGUUCAUAAGUUUUUUACUUGUACUAUGUAUAUUUGUCGAAUUUCUAAUUUAUAUGAUUUAUUUAGCAGUAUUGUAAGCUUUAUGAAUAAAAAUAAAAGUUUUCUUAACAAUAUGAGGCGAGAGUGAAUUACGCCCUCCAAAAGUAUAAAUUGAUAUUUAACCCUCCAACUCCCAUGGUUGUCGGGUAUUACGUAUCUUCAAAAGUGAUAUUUUGUCGUAUUUUUCACCUUCCAAAAUCAUGAAAUCAAGUAGAAUUGUUCGUGUACUAUACCGCU